UUUUUAAAAUUAAUUAUAUUAGAAUAAGAUGUCGCAUGUUCAUAAAUGAGAAAGAUGUUGACGUAUUAUCAUUAUUUUAAAUAAGUUUAUUUAUUUUAUGAUUUUGAAACAGAAAGAGAAAGUAGUGAGUUUACGAAAGGAACCCUGAAGCAAAAGUACGGGCUUGGAGAGUGUUAAGGGUGUAGGGGAGGGCAGCCUGGUCAAUGUAUGUGCGGGGUGAGCUAUAGGCGGCUAUAGCCUUAAGGGUACUAAAUAAAGGGGAGAAGCCCACAAGCGCCCGAUGAGCAAUGCCCAAGACCCAAAACCAACCACUAACGCAACAGCGUCAAUUACUGUCCAAAGCAAACGAAGAUGUGUUGGUAUGGGUCCCACCCAUGUGACACCCCACCACCAUGCCUACUUAACGGUGCCGUGAGAAGCCGUCACGGUAUAACCCAGACCAACUCACGGCACACACCCACCGUUAAAACACCUGAUCCUAAUUCCAUCAACGUCGCAUCCUCCUUCACUAACGUCGUCGUUCCCAAAACCCUAACCCUAACGUCCUCCUAUGGCGUCGUGCGACGACGACUUCUCUCUCCUCGGUGACGACACCACCCAGACAAACCCUAGCCACCACCACCACCACCACCUACCUCAUCACCACCACCUCCACCACCCCCACCACCACCAUCAGCCAUUUGCUUCUGCCCGGUUUUCUCCUAAGCCUAUUCAAAUCCACGCGCCACCGCCCCCUCCUCCACAACCCAUCCUCAAUCAUUCUGCCGUCGCCGCUGGUGGUAGUCCUGAGAAGAUCGCCUCCGGCGUCGGAGAGGAAGAAGACGAUACCGAUGGAUAUACUGACGCCGCGUUCUGUACCCAGGGCGAUACCAAGUGUCCGGCGGCGUUUCCCGACGUCAACCCUUUUUCUGAGGAGGAUCCGACUCCGUUUGAAGAGGAUUCGGAUCCGAACAAAGCAAGGGGCAGUGUAAGGAAUGAAAAGCGAAAGGAUCGGGAGGAGCUCAGUGAUGGAGGAACCGCGUGUUGUUACAGAAAACAGAAAAUUCCCGGCGGUGGAGCUGUGUCCACCACCUCCACGGCGGCCGGCGGUGGAGAAUACAGAAACGAGUAUAGGAAGGAUCGGGAGGAGUGGAGCGAUACGGCUAUCGGAUGUCUCCUUGAGGCGUACAUGGAGAAGUUCACUCAGCUGAAUCGGGGAAAUCUUCGGGGUAGAGACUGGGAGGAGGUGGCGGCGAUAGUGAGUGAGCGAUGCGAUAAGCAAUCGAAGAGCGUGGAGCAGUGCAAGAACAAGGUGGAUAAUUUGAAGAAAAGGUAUAAGUUGGAGAGGCAUCGGAUGAGUAAUGGGGGCGUUUCCGCUAGUCACUGGCCUUGGUUUAAGAAGAUGGAGGAGAUUGUUGGGAAUUCUUUGCCAGUGAAAGCGGUUUCUGAUGAAGAUAAGAGUAUUGUCGCUUCAGGUAAUAUGCUUCGGCAAUCUAAGAGAUUUGCAAUGGCUACUCCCAGUCCUGUUGGUCAGAUAAAUAAUGUGAAGUCCAAAUCGAUUUCAAAUCCUAGAUGGCGGAGAGUAGUCUUCAAAAUUAGCGGUGCUGCUCUUGCUGGCACUGGCCCUCACAAUAUUGACCCAAAGGUGGCCAUGUUGAUUGCAAGAGAAGUAGCGGUGGCCUGCCGCCUUGGUGUAGAGGUUGCAAUUGUUGUCGGAGGCAGAAAUUUCUUUUGCGGAGACACGUGGGUAACUGCAACUGGUCUAGAUAGACCUACUGCCUAUCAGAUAGGUAUGAUGGCAACUGUCAUGAAUUCUAUAUUGCUCCAGUCAGCCUUAGAGAAGAUGGGUGUUCAGACACGUGUGCAAACCGCAUUUGCAAUGCAGGAGGUUGCUGAGCCAUACAGUCGGCAACGGGCAAUCCGACACCUUGAAAAAGGAAGAGUUGUAAUAUUUGGUGGUAUUGGUGCUGGCACUGGAAAUCCACUCUUUUCCACUGAUACAGCUGCUGCUCUUCGAGCUUCAGAAAUUAAUGCUGAUGCAGUUCUCAAAGGUACCAAUGUAGAUGGUGUUUAUGACUGCAACUCCAGAAACAAUAAUGUUACAUUUGAGCACAUUUCCUUCAGGGAGUUGGUUUCCAGUGGUGCUACCUCCAUGGACAUGAUGGCCAUGACAUUCUGUGAAGAGAACAGAAUUCCUGGGUCAAUAGAAGUAUGAAUGUUUCAACUAUUCACCCUGUUGUUGAGAAAGGAGGGAAGUAUAUAGGAUAUCAUGCUUUGAUGUGAUUAGCCAUCAGUCUAAACUGGAGGCCAGAGAGUAGCCAAACCCUUUGAGGGAAAGGAUGGAAUUAUGUCAUUAAAUUUUCUUUGGUUUGUUUGGGACCUGUAACAAUUUAAUUAUAUUUCUAUGUGCAGUUGUGGUUUUCAACCUUCUUGAGCCCGGAAACAUUUCAAGAGCAUUGUGUGGGGACCAAGUUGGUACACUGAUCGAUCAAACGGGAAGGAUUAGUUAAAUAUUCAUGAAGCAUCUACUUUCUCAUGCAUCAACUUCAGAACCUCCUACCAUAUUACUGUUCAGCAGUCCCUUAAAGUAAAUGGUGGAGGGCCGCCUACAUUCCACACCUGAGUGCUUCACCAUUGGGGUUUGAACUAAUUUCAGUAAAUGAUUCCCCUGAUUUUCAGCCUCUAAAAUGCAUGAGAAAGGUGGAUUUGAGUUUCUAUGACAGUCUUAACAUGCACGAUGCUAGUAACUGAUUGUUUACAAAGGUAACUGCCUGAUUGAUGGUCUACUUCACUGUUAUGGAGUUUCCUCUUGUAUUUUCAUAUUGUAAAUUGCAUUAAUUUUCAGAGAAUCAUUAGUUGGAGAACAGAGUUAGAUGCAGAUAUGUUGAUGACUGAGUGUACUGAAAGUGGUGUACUGACAGUAGUUUUGAAAAUGAGAUACAAUAGAAAGUUGUGGCAACUGGACAAUGAUACACAGAAGUAUGUGGAAAUUCAUGUUUUUUUCUCCAAUGCAUCUCUUUGUCGUGCGGAUGGUGUUUUGAAACAUAAAAAGAAAUGGUAAAAGAUGCUAGAGCUGGAAAAAAGCUGGUAUUGAUGUACUCCGCACGUGAUAAUUGGUUCUCUAUGUCAAGCACAUUCCUGUAAAAUGACUAUUUGGUGUUUUGCGUUGUCUACGCAACACUGUGAUGUCUAGGGCUUUUGAUAUCAUAGAUUUGGGGGGAUUGUAUCUCACUAUUUUUUACUCUUAAAAGAUUUUCUGUUUGAUUAUAUGGGAAAUGAGAAAUGAGGAACUAUUGUUAUUCGAGGGUAAUGUAAUUUUAAAGUAUUUAUGACUUCCA